AUGAGCUCGCAAGAGACUGCCUCAAGGGUACCUGUGGUGAUAGCUGGAUACACCGUUCCUAUCGUCUGCAUGGUGAUAUGCACCGGUUUACGGCUUCUCGUGAAAGUUCGUGGUCCAUCAGAGGACCGCUUUCAUGCAGAUGACUACCUAAUUACCCUAGCCACGGUGCGUUUACCUCCCGAUCGCCUGGUCCCUGCGCAUACUGACGAUCCUCUUUCGUACAGUAUAAUCAUGCUGGCUGUCGGGGUGCGUCAUGGUUUCGGUAAACAUGCUUCAACUCUCGCGACUAGUGACCUAGAGGCAUUCUUGAAGGGAGACUAUAUUGCUAGCCACCUCUAUAAUGUCGGCCUGGCAAGUGUCAAACUCGGAAUCCUCGCCUUAUACUACCGGAUAUUCGCUAUACAGUGGUUUCGCAGAACAGUAAUUGGCUGUGUCACAUUCGUCUGCCUGUGGAUUGCGACCAUAGAGAUUUUUAUGGGCCUGCUCUGCCGACCACUAGAGGCUUUCUGGGAUGCCAAUAUCAAAGGCCAUUGCUUCAACUCCAGCGCACUGUCAUACUAUGUCAACACCUCCAACAUGAUCACCGACCUUGUCAUAUUUGCUCUCCCGAUAGGAGUGAUUGUGCGGCUCCGCACGACCCGGAGCAACAAAAUUGCCCUCUGUAUUAUAUUCUCCAUUGGAUUCAUAACAUGUGGCAUCAGCGCUGCCCGUCUAGCCUUCGUCUUUGCCGAAAACUCAUCCGACAUCACCUGGGACGGCGUCGACCUCGGCGUCCUAUCCGGCUUUGAAUCGCUCGGGGGCAUCCUCUGCGCCAACCUCCCCAUCAUCUACCGCCUCUUCAGGCAAGCCGCACAGAAAGUCACCAGCCGAACAGGAGGCAGCUCUUCCCUUCCCCAUCUACAGUAUGGGCGCGAGUCCAAGAAUUUCACGUCACGGUCGCGCCCUCGCCGACACCGUCUUAGCGAAACGCUCAAUGAACAGUGGAUUCAAUUGCAGAAUGGCAAUUCGUCGAAUGAUAGCCAUCUCCCUGGGGGACCACAGGAUUUCGCUGUGCAGAAGGUAGUGGACAUGGAGACGGGGAUGGAGGUAGUGCGGUUGAGUAAUAUCCCAAACGCUAUUACAGUAAAAAGGGAGUUUCAUCAGACGGUGGAGGGUCGUCGGUGA